AUGGUGCGCUUCUCCUUACUCCUGCUGGCCUCGGCCAUCUCCCUUACCGCAACAGCAUCCUGGCUCAAGCGCGAUACUCUCAAGCCCUUUCAAGAAGGCCGCUUCGCGCCAUCAAAUAAUGCCUCCACCUCGCUAGCAUACGACAACAAUCUCCUCCCGCGGUACUACGACUGCUUACCAGGUGCUCAUCUGUGCGAUGCUGGCCAGUGCUGCGACUUCACCUGUUGCUCGGAUGGAUCCUGCUGUGGGGCCGCUGAGCUUUGCUACAACGACGUGAAGCCGUCCAAGGGACCGACGUACUGUUGCAAAAUAUAUACUGAGAAGGAAUGCGAUACAAGAUGUGUGCCGAUGAUGUCGGAGUGCUGCGGCGAUGGGUACUAUUGUAAAUGGGGUCAUACAUGCAGUGGAAGCUACGACGAUGACGAUGAUGUUGGGAGUGGUGGUGAUUCUGGAGAUUACGAUUCAACGACCUCAUCCACGUCUUAUGAUAUAACGACUUCGUACACGUCUACGGAGCGGGAAGUGUCUACUACGUCGGAAUACACGACUCGCACAGAGGAGCGCACAACGACAUCUGAGAGCAGCACUCGAACGAGAGCAACGGAUACCGAUGACGUUUGGGAGACGACGGAGACGGAUUCAUCAACCUCAACUUCAACAUCGUCUCGCUGGACGAUGACAGAUUUUCCCACGGGGUUGGAUUUCACCCCAGCCCAGAGUUUUGUUCCGGCUCCAGUACCUACCGGUCCAGUGCCUCUUUCGGGAGCAAACAAGAAUAGCUUGUCAAGCCUCGAUAUGGGGUUGUUGGUGAUUGUGACUGGAGCUGGUUGGUAUCUCGCAUUGUGA